UUGUCUUUUAAAGAAAAUAGCAAAGUUUAUAAUUGCUGCAAAUGGAGGAUUCUCUGAUGAGCGUUAUUUUUAAGCACAAAAUUAUUAUUUUAAGCAAAAAUCACUAUGUCUCACUUGUCUAAAUGUCUUGACUAUAUUUUGGAUUCAUUCUGCACCUUAUUUGAUGGAUAAAAAGUUGGGUUUCCGUGGGUGAUUCCAAAGCAGGAACGGUAGUGUGUGUAUAUGUGUAAUGCAAAGGUUAUCUAUAGUCCUAUAGUGAGAUUGCCUCUUGUGAGACACCUCCUGAGGCCAUCUCUGUCCUCUCCCAACCCAGGAGAGAUCGACCCUUGGCAUGAACUGAGUGUGACAAGCAAUGGCAAUUGGAUGGACAAGGACCGCGCCAUCUACAUCAAGGGCACCUCCCACUGUGCUGACAUGGAGCCGGAGGAGAAGUCCGACCGCGAGUCGCUGCGAGAGGCCAGGGAGGAGAUUGAGAGGCAUGUUGCCAUCUGGCUGAAGAGCGCUGCCUGGGAGCUCAUGAUGCGCUGAGCAUUGGUCAGAUGGCAGAGGGCGGACGCCAGGAUCAGGCUGGCUUGACCACAGCAUUUUCUCCGCUGAUAGCCUGGCUUUUUAGAAAAUGUUGGUCUUUGUACGCAAAUGAGUGUGUGUGUUGCCCACUGCUAUGUAUAUGCAGUUGAAAAACAUUUCCAUGAGAAUGCAUAUAGACUGCGUUAGUGAAAGCUAAAAGCAUUCAGAAGUUCCCCCUAUUUAUUGGUGUUGGGAAGGCCUUUUCUCUAAUGACUAACUCAGGUUGCAGCGUUGGUUGGUCUGAAAUGAUCGAAGGAAACAAAUAUUUAGAGUGAGAAUAUCAGCACUUGGCUUUCAUACCAGUUAUUGUCCUGUAUGUUUUCUUAUGCCCAGCAGAGGGCGCCAUACGCUUGUGUGACUGCAUUUCACCUUUCCCAAUUCAUCCAAAUGCGUCAGUGAAUCGAUAAUCUUAUCUGAACUACACAGCCACACGUUUCCCACUUACAUUACACAAAUAUUUUAAAAUGGACAAUUAUUUUUAGAUGGUGUAUUUCAUGUAACCGUGUCCAUUUUAAUAGUGAUGACAAAUAACAACUCACAUUUCUACCACAUCUGUUGUGAGGACAGUUCACCACUGAUUAAGAGCCCUUAUUUCAUGCAAUGACUACAAGUUAUGUGUCUCAGGCUUCAUUAAGUGCCGAAUCCCAGAGGUACAGUAGCCAUGUAGUCUUUGCUCAGAUAUGACCAGGUCUCGGGAGGUCUUCCCUUUGGUAAACAUCUCUUCUGGUGAACAAAAAAUAACACAUAGCCAAUAUAAGAACACUUAAAAUUGCACCCCAAUGUCAGCCUAUUUGAAGACUACUGACAAUCUGCCAUGUUUUAAUACGCUCUCUUAGUUUUGUUUCAGUGUGUCUUGGUAAAUGUUGAACUAUUGGCAUGUUAAGAGCAUCUGCAGACUAUGUUAGUUUCUCACAAUUAACGCAUGUCUGUGUAAGGUAGAGUGUGUUGGAGUGUCAGUGUGCAUAGUAAACUCUUAACUGCA